AAAAAAACAAGAAGGAUGUUCAUUUUAUGAAUAGUAAAUUUACAUUUUCCCCUCCAUGUUUCAUCUAUUUCGCUUCGUUGCUUUGAUCACAGUUCGUGCACGUAAUCGACCUGUCCGGUCCGGCGGCUCACCCCUGGCAAUGGCUCAAGCUCAUGCGCGCCUUCCACGGCCGCCCGGGCGGGGCGCCGCAGCUCCGUAUCACCAUGGUCCACGACGACGAGGCCUUCCUGGCCCACACGGCGGCGCUGCUCCGCAGGGAAGCCGAGGCGCUGGACAUGGCGUUCUCGUUCCACCCCGUCCUGGGCCGGCUCGAGACCCUGGACCUCGGCGACCUGCACCACGCCCUCGCCAUGCGGUCCGGCGACGCGCGCGCCUUCAGCUGCGCCCUCCAGAUGCACCGCCUCCUCGCGGUUGACGACACCGACACCCAGCAGCAGCUGGCCGCCGCGGCUGUUGGAACCGGACCGAGUGUUGGCCCAAGAGCGGCGUCGUCGUGCUCAUGCUACCCUCCGGGCGACGUCGCGUGCUACUACUGCCCCCCGGAGACCGCCAAGACGAGCCUCCCCGACCCCAGCCCGACGACGCCGUUCGCUGCACAGGCGUCGUCGUCGUCGUCGCCGCACCCGCAGUGGACCGCCGUCCCGCGGCCGGCGCUGCUGCCACCUUUGGCGGGCUUCCUGUCGGCGGCGCGCGCGGCGUCGCCCAAGGUGGUGUGCGUGAUGGAGCAGGACGCCGGCGACAACGUGGCCGGCGGGCUCGCGGCGCGGUUCGAGGAGGCGCUGCAGCACUACGCGGCGGUGUUCGAGGCCCUGGACGACGCGGCGGGCGCGGCGGGCGAGGAGCGGGCGGCGGUGGAGCGCGUCCUGCUCUGGGAGGAGGUCCGGGACGUGCUGGCGCGGGACGGGCCCGAGCGGCGCGAGCGGCACGAGCGGCUGCACCAGUGGGCCGCGCGCAUGGCCGGCGCCGGGUUCGCCGGCGUGCCGCUCAGCUACGUGGCCAAGAUGGAGGCGGACGCGGCGCUGCGCAGGUGCGGGCUGCGGGGGUACGAGACCAGAGGUGUCGGAGGUUGCCUCCUCCUGUGCCGCCGCGGGCGCCCUCUCUACUCGGUCUCCGCGUGGCGGCCGUGGCCUUCCCGGGGCUCUGCCUCUGCUUCUUCUUCUGGGAGUGGGAGCAGGAGCAGCAGGCUGCCACAGCUCGUGGCGGCGCCGGUGCAGAUGCCGUGGCCGCUCCUACUGCCUCCUCCGGUUUACCACACUCACUGACUCACACGACUCAGUAUAUAUAUACUCGCAAGAACAGACAUCUACACCGAAUCCACUCUAACAAUCCAUCUCUCUG